AUGCAGUCCUUGAGGCGUACUAUGACCACUUGGUUGCUCCCCCAGUCUACUCGUUGGUAUUCAACAACUAUCCAUUCAACGCGUCAAGUGAGCAAACUAGCUCCAGUGGUACCACAUCUCAAAGCACAGAGCGUUCUUGAUCCCCAAAAUCCGCAUCAUGCAAAUGAAGUCGAUCACCAUCUACAGACCCAUGGCGUCCUGAAAAUCACCUUAGAAUUUUCCGACAACGAAAGCCAAUACCUUGAAAGUCUCGUCAAGAACCUCGGCACUCGUCAUGGCCAUGGACCUCCAAUCACCCACAGUGCUACAAGGGGAUGGUUCUGGGAUGUACGGCCCACAACUACAUCUCUCGCCAAGGACAAUCGUGCCCGAUCCGAAACCAUGAGCGAGUUCCCCUGGCAUACCGAUUGCAGCUAUGAACAUGAUCCUCCACAAUUCUUUGCUCUUCAAGUUCUCCAACCAGAUCGAUGCGGCGGAGGUACCUUAUCGGCACUCAGAAUUGAGCGAGUCUGCUCAUUACUCUCAGCCGAUGCACAGUCGGCUUUAUUUAAACCAGAGUUCGAAAUCAAAAUCCCCCCAGAAUUCGUCAAAGAUCCAACAAAGGGUAGUAUACUGGGUAGCAUUUUGAGUAACAGUGCUCGGGACAAGUCUAUUGUGAUGCGUUACAGGGAAGAUAUCAUAGCACCGAUCACAGCCAGUGCAUCAUUGGCUUUGAAAGAGCUCAGGUCCGCUUUGAAAGAACUGGAGCUCUCACACGAUGCAAUCCUACAUCUCAAAUCCGAAGACAUGCCUGAAGGAUCGAUCAUCCUUUUCGAUAAUCGUCGCUGGUUACAUGCGCGAAAUCAAAUCAAGGACCCCAAUAGGCACCUUCGUCGAGUGCGUUGGAACGCGAUUCCAUUUUCAGGUUGA